GGCAGGUUCAGCCAUUACUCCGAGAUGGUGACUGAGGGAGGUUUCGCUUGAUCCUUCACACGCGACGAAACCUGGAUUUACCGGAGCUCACCUUUCCGCUCAGGUGUCGUUUGUACCUCUCACCUCCCGCCCCGCGCCUCCUCGCCGUGUCCCCAGUCACUGUUCGGUGUCCUCGCGGAGCUUUCCUUUAGUUUUGUCCGGUGGUUGCUGUUGUUUGGACGGAGUGUCUGUGCUCAGAUGACGGCACAGGUAGAUCACCUGGUGGUGGCUUUCACCGCCACAUCUGGCGCCGGCGGAGACCUGCUGGGAUCCGACGAGAAGGAGCUGGUGCAGUUGGUCUGGCAGCUGGUGGAUGUAAAGAACAAAAAGUUGGGCAAGGUGAAUGAGCUCCUCAUCAAGCCUGACCUCGUAGACUUGACGGAGGAAAAGAAGGAGGAGGAUGUGGUGGAGGAGAGCGUUGAGGAGGAGAAUGUAUCGGGAGCAGACUGUGUUUCCACAUCCGCAAACCUCGAGGCAGCUUUAAACCAGUUUCACCUACAGCUGACAAACGAGGUGAACAGUGCGGGCGCAGGCACGUCGGUGUGUUUGUGUACAGACGGGCAGCUCCACAUCCGCCAAGUGAUUCACCCCGAGGCCGCCAGCAAGGACAUCCUGGUCCCCGACUGUUUCUACACGUUCUUCGACCUGCGGAAAGAGUUCAAGAAGCACUUCCCAUCAUCUGACCUCAAGGCUUUGAAUGUACACACCAUGGCAGAGUCUCUUAGUGUACCCGUUGAUGUGCCCCUCAUGUGGGACCCCUCAGCCAGCCUGGACCCUUCAGCCAUAUUGCCUGCAGAAGCAGCCAUACAGCAGGUCCAGAUGAUGGCCAGCAUCGUCCUUGCACUGCUCUCAGAGCCAUUCUCUCACACAUUUUCUAACUCAGAGAGAGUCAGUGAGAAGUUUGAGAGUGGAACAUGCAGUAAGAUGGAGAAAGUGUGCGACAACACAGUGAUCAGAGCCAGAGGGUUGCCAUGGCAGUCCUCCGAUCAGGAUAUUGCUCGAUUCUUCAGAGGACUCAACAUUGCCAAAGGAGGGGCGGCACUGUGUUUGAAUGCUCAGGGGAGGAGGAACGGAGAAGCUCUCGUUCGUUUUGUCAAUGAAGAACACAGAGACCUGGCUCUGCAGAGACACAAACACCACAUGGGCAUGAGAUACAUAGAGGUUUACAAAGCAACAGGAGAGGACUUCCUGAAGAUAGCUGGAGGUACCUCCAAUGAGGUAGCAAUUUUCCUGUCCCGUGAGGACCAGAUCAUAGUGAGGAUGCGGGGUCUUCCUUUCACUGCCACACACGAGCAGGUGCUCGCCUUCUUCUCUCCGGAAGACGGCAUUAAAGAGACGUGUCCGGUCAGUGGAGGCAGGGAUGGCAUCCUAUUUGUCCACUACCCAGACGGUCGUCCCACUGGUGAUGCGUUUGUCUUGUUUGCCUGCGAGGAACACGCCCAGUGUGCUCUGAGGAAACACAAGGAAAUCCUGGGGAGAAGAUACAUCGAGCUGUUUAAGAGCACGGCAGCAGAGGUCCAACAGGUGUUGAACCGGUACUCAUCAGCCCCUCUGAUCCCCGUGGCCCCUGCCCCCUUGGUGUCAGUUCUACCUGCUGUGUCUCUUCUUCCUCCUCCGGGUGGUUUGAGGGACUGUCUUAGGCUGAGGGGGCUGCCUUACACAGCGAGCAUUGAGGACAUCCUCACCUUCCUGGGCGAGUUUACACACGACAUCAGACCACAUGGCGUGCACAUGGUCCUCAACCAGCAGGGGCGUCCGUCAGGCGACUGCUUCAUCCAGAUGACCUCAGCAGAGCGAGCACUUCAGGCCUCACAGCGGCUCCACAAACACGUGAUGUCCAGCCAGCGAGGGGCGAACAGCCGCUACGUGGAGGUGUUCCCCUGCAGCGCAGAGGAGAUGGGCCUGGUGCUGAUGGGAGGCUCGCUCUCACACACACUUACACACACACACAACCGGAACAGGAGUGGGACAGGGCUCAGCCCGCCGCCAUGUAAGUCCAGACGUAAGUGCUGCUGGGAGCUGGGGGUGCUUCGGGACUGCAGG